UUCCUCUCUCCUUGAUCUCCCUGAAUUUCUCUCUCUUUCCUCUCCCUCUCUCUCUCUCGUAGACAAUCAAUCUCAGAUUCCUGCUGCUUCAAAAUCAAUUUCUAUUUUUUUUUAAUUUUCUCCUUUUUUUUUUACUUUUCCUUAGUUUAAAAAAAUUAACUUUUUUUUUUACUUUAUUUUCCUUUUUUACUGGAUAGCCCUCUCUUCAUUGAGAAGGGAAUUUAUUAUUUAUUAUUUUAUUAUUAAUAUUAUUAUUAGGUUUUUGUGUUUCACAAUUUUCUGGAUUAGAUUUGAGUGCUCUGUUGUUGACGUGGCAUGCAUCGAUACGUCAAAAAUGAAUACCAAAACAAUGCGUCUGCCUCCUCGUCGCGUCUUGACAUCAAAUAAGCGCAAGGAUAGGGAGGGUUUUGAUUCUGUGAAGCCAUUUCCACCACAACCAACAGCAGCAAAAUUGGCCAAGCCGAGCAUACCUCAAGUCGGCUCGGGAAAACCAUCCGAUCCGGUUUCGUCUAAUCAUCUCUUGGCCGGGUAUUUGGCGCACGAAUAUCUCACGAAGGGUACACUCUUUGGUCAAGCGUGGGACCCUGCUCGAGCUGAAACGGUAGCAGUGGAGUCGAAUAAGAUUAAGCCGAGCCAGAAAGGCAAAGAAGAAGAAGAAGAGGAAGAAGAAGCCGAGCCGAAUAAGGAAAAUUAUCAAAGGUACGUGGAGGUAUCGAGUUUGUUGAAAGCCGAAGGGGCCCACUUACCGGGCGUUGUCAACCCAAGCCAGCUCGCUCGCUUCUUGCAGGUGCGAAUGUGCUAGGGCCUUGUCGAUACGUGGAGAAAAUUCAUUGGGUUUCCAUGAGGAUUUUUAUUUUUAUUUUUUUUUAAAUUAAAAAAGAAAGUGUGUGUUGUAGAAAUGGGAAGGAAAAAAAUAGUUAGGGAUUUUGACUUUGAUUUUUGUGGCGUUGAGAGAUGCUUGUUUGUAGAUCUGAUCUUCAGUUUCUGUUUUUUUUUUUUUUCAGAGUUUCUGUUUAAUUAUAUAAUAUUUUAUUUCAUCAUAAUUAAAAUGUCUAUUCUAUUUCCAUCCCAAAUCAAA